GUAAAUUAAAAAAAAUAAAAAAUGGAAAGAGCAGGGAUGAGCAGCAACACUGGGCAAUCACUGUGGCACUCAUCACAGUCCCCCAAAACUCCCACCACCAUGCUCGACCGCGCUCUCUCCUCUCGCCGUCCCCACUCCGACGCCGAUCUCUCCGACUCCGUCGUCUCCGGCACCGACGAAUCCAAGACCAAGCGCCCUCACAUCUACCUCCUCGCCUCCAAUUUCGUCUCCCGGAUCGGGCAUCAGUGGCUCCCUUGCCUCAUCGUCGCUCUCCUCUUCCUCGUCCUUCUCUUCCUCACCUCCUUGGCCUUCCACUCUAGCAGCUUCGUCUGCGUCUCUCGCUUCGAUCCCGCCGCUCGGAUCGGGUUCUUCGGUUUGGAUGGGCUCGAAUCGGAUUUUGGAGCCCUAGGUGUUCCUUGGUGCAGAUCGAAACAUGGAAAAGAAGUGGAGUGGACCUCCAAGGAUUUACUCAAGGCUGUUGAAGAGUUUGUGCCUAUAUACGAAACACGACCUAUAAAGAACAACAUGCAUGGGAUGGGUUUUGAUCACAGCUUUGGGCUAUGGUUCAUGGCACGUUGGCUCAAGCCAGAGCUGAUGAUCGAGAGUGGUGCAUUUAAGGGGCAUUCCACUUGGGUUAUGCGACAAGCGAUGCCAGAUACACCGAUUCUCUCACUGACGCCAAGACACCCGGAGAAGUACUUGAAGAAGGGACCUGCUUAUGUGGAUGGAAACUGCACGUACUUUGCAGGCAAAGAUUUUGUUGAUUUUGGAAGUGUGGAUUGGAAGAAUGUGUUGAAGAAACAUGGAGUUAAAGAUCUCAACCGUGUUCUUGUCUUCUUCGAUGAUCAUCAGAAUGAACUCAAAAGGAUAAAGCAGGCUCUGAAGGCAGGUUUCCAACAUCUCAUAUUCGAGGAUAACUACGAUACAGGAACAGGGGAUCACUAUUCCCUUAGGCAGAUAUGUGAUCAGUCAUAUAUAAAAGGAGGCGGCCACAGCUGUUUCAAAGACAGCGACGAAGCCAGGAUUAGAUCAAACAGGAAGAAGUUCUGGGAGAAAGCAGUUGAUACAGAGGAACUCUGUGGACCAGGCGAAACAUGGUGGGGAGUGCGAGGAGAAAUGAGAGAUGACUUUAACCACACCAACACACAAAUCUCAUACAAUCAGCAUUUUCAAAACAGCAGAUACGUUGAAUCGAUUCUUGAUGUCUACUGGGAGUUACCUCCGGUUGCAGGACCUUCAUUGACGCAUCAGUCACGAUACGACCCUGCUCGUUCGACUCCACCGAUUGUAGCAGAUGGAAGACACCGUCUGUUCCAAAGAAUCGGUUUAGGUCGGCUGGAUAAGUCGGUGUUCAAUGGCUAUACCCAAAUGGUUUACCUUCAGAUAUCCAAACCCGGGUCAUAGAGAUUGUGUGAUUCCUGCAAAAGAAGAGCGUCUCCUUUUGUUUGUCUUCUAUACCUUAGCUUUUCUUUUACAAGUCACAAGUUGAACUAAAGUUUGUUAGUACAGGAGUCUUUUCCACUCUGGUUUUCAUGUAAAAGUUUCUUGGUCACUGUUGUUAAUUUGUUACGAUACUUCAGUUGGUUUAAAUUUAAAAUAGGCAAGAAAAGUUUUUUUCUGUU